AUAUGUAGUUACUAUUUGCACUUUCACAUAACCAGUGACACACUUGUGGCGGAGCACCUUCCUUAAAAACAUCUCCCACGGCGGCGUACGGUGGUUCUUUACAACCAUGGCUUUCACAACACCCAUCUUUACAUCUCAAUCUUUAUUUAUCACAAAACCCAAAACCCAAAUCUUUCAUUCACCAUUAUCAAAAAUCAUCAUUACAAGAAACACAACAAAAUCUUUGGUUGGUCAAAGUCAAAGGGGUAUCACGGUCAAAGCCAUGGCUGCCAGUGGUGGGCUUUACUCAGCCCAGCAAUUUGAGCUGACCCCACAAAACGUUGAUACAGUUCUUGAUGAUGUCAGGCCUUACCUCAUUGCUGAUGGUGGAAAUGUUGAUGUUGUUUCUGUUGAAAACGGUGUCGUUUCACUCAAGCUACAAGGGGCAUGUGGGACUUGUCCAAGCUCAACAACCACCAUGAAGAUGGGGAUCGAAAGAGUACUGAAAGAAAAAUUUGGGGAUGCUCUCAAGGACAUUGUUCAAGUUUUUGAUGAACAACCUGCUGAAACAACUGUUGAGGCAGUGAAUAGGCAUCUUGAUAUACUGAGGCCAGCCAUAACCAACUUUGGUGGAAAUGUGGAUGUAUUGUCCGUUGAAGGUGGGGAAUGUGUUGUGAAGUAUACCGGCCCCGAGUCAAUCGGGUCGGGGAUCAAAGCAGCAAUCAAGGAGAAGUUUCCAGACAUUGAGAAUGUCGUGUUAACAGAGUAGGUUCCUCUAAGGUACUUGUUUAUAUCUUGAGUCUAAGAAUGUAGCAUAGUUUUUAUACAUAACUGUAUAUCUAUUACUUGGUUGUGUUUCACAAUCCAUACAUGUAAUCAAUAUGUUUUGAAUCUGAAUUGUAGUAAUAAGAAUCGAUUAUUCUGUGGAA